CGCGGUCUUUAUAUGGAGGUGUAGUUUUUACCGGUUUUCUGUACGAUGACUGUGUGCACCCAACUGAAGCUUAUUUAUAUCCCAUACAUUUAUGUCCUUUGUGGUGGACUUAUGUUUUUGAUCUGUAACUUUUUACUUUAUAACCAUACUAAGUCCUGGUGAGCUCCAUGGAGGCCUUUCCAAUGAUAUCCCAUGUGUUGAGAUAUCAGAAAAUCACAGGAUCUUAUCCGGGAAUCAUCGGUGAGGUCUCUGAUUACAGUUGAGAUCGAAUCAUUGUUCGCCUGGAGCUGCAGGUAUAUAAGAGCAGAGUAACACAGCUUUCUUUAGCGCUACACCUUCUUACCGAUACCUGGAGAUUGGAGAGAAGAGAUUAAAUAUGCGUGAAUGUAUCUCUAUUCAUGUGGGCCAAGCCGGAGCUCAGAUUGGAAAUGCAUGUUGGGAGCUGUAUUGUCUGGAGCAUGGGAUCCAGCCAGAUGGACAGAUGCCCAGUGACAAGACCACUGGAGGAGGAGAUGACUCUUUCAAUACAUUCUUCAGCGAGACGGGGGCAGGGAAGCACGUUCCCAGAGCCAUCUUCCUGGACCUGGAGCCUACUGUCAUCGAUGAAGUGCGUACGGGAACCUACCGGCAGCUGUUCCACCCUGAGCAGCUCAUUACAGGAAAGGAGGACGCUGCCAACAACUACGCCCGCGGACACUACACCAUUGGCAAAGAGAUCAUUGAUCUGGUUUUGGACAGGACUCGUAAACUGGCUGAUCAGUGCACUGGCCUGCAGGGGUUCCUAAUCUUCCACUCCUUUGGUGGAGGUACUGGCUCUGGUUUCACCUCCCUCCUGAUGGAAAGACUCUCUGUUGAUUAUGGCAAAAAGUCUAAGCUGGAGUUUGCGAUCUACCCAGCGCCUCAGGUUUCCACCGCAGUGGUGGAGCCCUACAACUCCAUCCUGACCACCCACACCACCCUGGAGCACUCUGACUGUGCCUUUAUGGUGGAUAACGAAGCCAUCUAUGACAUCUGCCGCAGGAAUCUCGACAUUGAGAGGCCGACUUACACCAACCUGAACAGGCUCAUUGGCCAGAUUGUGUCUUCUAUCACAGCCUCACUUCGCUUCGAUGGAGCCCUGAAUGUUGACCUGACAGAGUUCCAGACCAACCUGGUGCCCUACCCUCGUAUCCACUUCCCCCUGGCCACUUAUGCCCCGGUCAUCUCUGCUGAGAAGGCCUACCACGAGCAGCUGUCAGUGGCUGACAUCACCAACACCUGCUUUGAGCCAGCCAAUCAGAUGGUGAAGUGUGACCCACGUCAUGGUAAAUACAUGGCCUGCUGUCUGCUGUACCGUGGUGAUGUGGUGCCCAAAGACGUCAACUCUGCCAUCGCUGCCAUCAAGACCAAACGCACCAUCCAGUUUGUAGACUGGUGUCCCACUGGCUUCAAGGUGGGCAUCAACUACCAGCCUCCAACAGUGGUUCCUGGAGGAGACCUGGCCAAGGUGCAGAGGGCUGUGUGCAUGCUGAGCAACACCACAGCCAUCGCUGAGGCCUGGGCUCGACUGGACCACAAGUUUGACCUGAUGUAUGCCAAGAGGGCCUUUGUCCACUGGUAUGUGGGAGAGGGCAUGGAGGAGGGAGAGUUCUCAGAGGCCAGAGAGGAUAUGGCUGCUCUGGAGAAGGAUUAUGAAGAGGUGGGGUCUGACAACAUAGGAGAUGAGGAUGAAGGAGAAGAAUAAUAGCUUUACUGCAACAUGUGCAUUAACAUCACUUUAACUAGAGUAUUUAGGAAUCAUAGUAAAGUAAAACUGCCAGACUGUUCAAACAAAACUCAUUUAUUUCUUUCUUAAAGUAAAAUAUACACAAACAACAAAUAAUUGUUUCUCACUUAGAUUCAGAGGAACCAGUAAUGAGGGUUUCUGUGUGAUAACAGUACGAGUGUCAGACAGAAACCUCAACUAAACUCUUUCUCUCUUUUGUGCCCCUCCCCCCACUGUCCUCUCCCAUGUGGAAUGUAAGUUAUGAAAGAGGUCCUGUGUCGGUCUGUGUGCACCAUUCAGCUGUGAAUCUGUGAGAGCAGGCAGAGAAAAUAACUGACUAGUGUUGUUUGUGCGGCUCAUACUCAGACAGUGGCCUGCAGCAACAAUAGGAUCCUGGUGUGAAUCACAGCUCUGUGGCCCAAGAGGACUGUGGAAAAGUCCUUCCAAAGAAGAACUGACGAUUAGCUUUGGAACCGUAAAACCUCUCAUAUCUGAAUAUUUCUCACUGCAACAUUGUUGCUAAUGUAAUGAUUCACUGUGCACUAGCUGACAUGUUAAGAUUCUUUUUACUAUUCAUUUCAUUGUUCCACUAUUAAAACCUUUUUAAAAUUGAUGAUCAACAAUAAAGAACUUUUGCAGA